CUUCGCGCCGUCCUUUGCGUGGUGAUUACGUCACUCGCACAGCGCCCGGCGCGACGUAGUGAGGUGACCACUAUGGCGUCCGCCGAGUGCGAGCGCAAGCGAAAGCUGCCGGAGGUAGAGGCGGGUGGCGGGGAUCCGGCGGCAGCGGACGAGGAGGAUGAGGAGGAGCGGUGGGUCGGGCCGCUCCCUGGGGAGGCCGCACAGGCAAAGAAGAGGAAAGUUCUUGAAUUCGAACAUGUUUAUCUUGAAAAUCUACCAUCGGCUUCGAUGUAUGAGCGCAGUUACAUGCACAGGGAUGUUAUUACACACGUAGCAUGUACCAAGACAGAUUUUAUCAUAACAGCCAGUCAUGAUGGACAUGUAAAAUUCUGGAAGAAAAUAGAAGAAGGGAUUGAGUUUGUUAAACACUUCCGAAGUCACUUGGGUGUUAUUGAGAGUAUUGCUGUUAGUUCAGAGGGGGCAUUAUUCUGUUCAGUUGGAGAUGACAAAGCAAUGAAGGUGUUUGAUGUAGUGAACUUUGACAUGAUCAACAUGCUGAAACUUGGCUACCACCCUGGCCAGUGUGAAUGGAUAUAUUGCCCUGGAGAUGCCAUAUCCUCUGUUGCAACAUCCGAGAAAAGCACAGGAAAAAUAUUUAUAUAUGAUGGACGAGGAAAUAACCAACCACUUCAUGUUUUUGAUAAACUCCAUAUGUCCCCACUUACUCAGAUACGCCUGAACCCUGUGUACAAAGCAGUUGUGUCUUCUGACAAGUCUGGAAUGAUCGAGUACUGGACUGGUACUCCUCAUGAAUAUAAGUUUCCCAAGAAUGUGAACUGGGAGUAUAAAACAGAUACUGAUCUAUAUGAAUUUGCUAAAUGCAAGGCUUACCCGUCCAGUAUAAGUUUUUCACCUGAUGGCAAGAAAAUGGCCACUCUUGGGUCUGAUAGAAAAGUUAGAAUUUUUCGUUUUCUGACAGGAAAGCUCAUGAGAGUCUUUGAUGAAUCUCUGAGUAUGUUUACUGAACUUCAGCAGAUGAGACAACAACUGCCUGACAUGGAGUUUGGCCGACGUAUGGCAGUUGAGCGUGAGCUGGAGAAAGUGGAUGCAGUAAGAUUAAUUAAUAUAAUUUUUGAUGAAACUGGACACUUCGUUCUCUAUGGAACAAUGUUGGGCAUUAAGGUCAUAAAUGUAGAGACAAACAGAUGUAUUCGUAUCUUGGGAAAACAAGAGAACAUCAGAAUGAUGCAACUGGCUUUGUUCCAAGGAGUAGCAAAGAAACACCGUGCGGCAAUCACUAUAGAGAUGAAGGCAUCUGAAAAUCCUGUUCUACAGAAUAUUCAGGCAGAUCCAACAGUAAUCUGCACAGCUUUUAAAAAAAACAGGUUUUACAUGUUUACUAAACGUGAACCAGAAGACACGAAGAGUGCAGAUUCUGACAGAGAUGUAUUUAAUGAGAAACCUUCUAAAGAAGAGGUCAUGGCAGCCACUCAGGCAGAAGGUCCCAAAAGAGUGUCAGACAGUGCCAUCAUUCACACAAGCAUGGGAGAUAUUCAUAUCAAACUUUUUCCUGUUGAGUGUCCCAAAACAGUGGAAAACUUCUGUGUGCAUAGCAGGAAUGGUUACUACAAUGGACACAUAAUUCACCGCAUCAUCAAGGGUUUCAUGAUUCAAACUGGUGACCCAACUGGUACAGGAAUGGGAGGUGAAAGCAUUUGGGGAGGAGAAUUUGAAGAUGAGUUUCAUUCAACUUUACGACAUGACAGACCAUACACACUUAGCAUGGCUAAUGCAGGACCAAAUACCAAUGGAUCCCAAUUUUUUAUAACAGUAGUGCCGACUCCAUGGCUUGACAACAAGCACAGUGUGUUUGGACGGGUGACUAAAGGAAUGGAAGUCGUUCAGAGAAUCUCAAAUGUCAAAGUCAAUCCCAAAACUGACAAACCCUAUGAGGAUAUCAGCAUCAUUAAUAUAACAGUGAAGUAAGGCAGGCAUUGAAGUUUCCAGCUUAAACAAAAAAAAAACCUGAGUGUGUGGGACCCCAAAAAGGACCUAGGAAGAACAAAAAUUUUUUAUAGUUCCUAGAUACAGCAAAUAUUGGGACAGAACAAUCACUAGUUCUACUAUUUUUAAUGUACCUAAAGUGCCCUAAUUCUGUAUUUCUGGUAACUUUGUAUUUUAAAGUAAAAACAUCUGCAUGUUUCUUAGAAAGUCUACUGUCUUUCUUGCAUCUCUCCCAUGCAAAAUUAAAGAUAAACUCCCACCAUG